AUGUUUCAGUUACAAGGGAUUUUGGACCUGUGCAACUCUCCCGGACUUCUAGAGGAAGAGACGCGCUGGAAGCUCAAAGAAAUGUUUCCAAACCUACAAGAUGUUAACACACCAAGUUUUACUGCUCGCUCUGAUGUUGGACAGUGUAGUCCGCGACCAUCAACAGAAUCAAGUUCUAAAGCAGAAAAUGAUGAUGAUGUCGAUGACGAAGCAAAAGAUGAAAUCGGCGAGACGUUGCAAAAACUUUCUAAAAAGUUUGGACUGCAACAAGUGAGUGAUGAUGAGGAAUUUGUUGCAAUGCCGAUCUCAAGGCGACGAACAACUGAGUAUGAUGAAACGGCAAGUUUUACUGCUCGCUCUGAUGUUGGACAGUGUAGUCCGCGACCAUCAACAGAAUCAAGCUCUAAAGCAGAGAAUGAUGAUGAUGUUGAUGAUGAAGCAAAAGAUGAAAUCGGCGAGACGUUGCAAAAACUUUCCAAAAAAUUUGGUUUGCAACGAGUGAGUGAUGAUGAGGAAUUUGUUGCAAUGCCGAUCUCAAGGCGAAGAACAACUGAAUAUGAUGAAACGACUGAGAAAAUCACAGCUCAGAAGUUUGUGGAUUCCUUGGUCGAUCGCAUCACAGAAUGGAGCAGCUUCAAGUCAACACUAGAACUUGAUGAAGCUAUUCUAGAGUUCUCUUCAGAAUUCUAUAAUGAUUUUUCUGCUGUGCACAAUGAGGCCUUUAAAUCGAAAUCGAAAAUACAGCAGGAAUUCCUAAACACUGAUGCCAUCUAUAUAACCGCAUAUUCAACCUUGUGUUUGGCAUAUCGAGGAGAGGAUACAAUGCAAUGGGUAAAACCAACUUUUCGUGACACACUUCUGAAAUCCGGUUGCAUUGUAUAUGUUAGCGAAAGUUGGCUACAAAAAACAACUUUUCGUGACACUCUUCUGAAAUCUGGUUGCAUUGUGUAUGUUAGCGAAAGUUGGCUACAAAAAGUUUACGAUCACGCUGUUAAAGCUCCUUUUGCAGAGUUUUCUGGAGCACUGCUAGGCGUUGUACAAGACUUUGAUGGACUUGAUCGUCGCAUUUUGACAGAUGUGGAACGUCUGCGAAAAAUUUCUCAAGGAAAACCGCCUAUAAAACCUGAAGAAGCUAUCUAUAAGCAGAAGAAGUUCGCACUUAAUCACUUUCCUCAGUUUGCGAAGAGGAAUCCAGGAAAGAUAGUGCUACUCUGCUCACUGUUCUCUAUUCCAGAAAGAAUAGCAGCUCGAUGGUUGAUGACUUCGGCAUGGGACUCAGUUGUUCAAAUCCUCUCCACUUUUCUCGGAAUUAAAGAUCGCCGCAAAGCUCGUCAAAAGGUCCAAGAUGGAGUGGAACACUCAAUCAGAGGCAUGCAACUUUUAGCAGCUGUAGCUUUAGAACUUGAGCUUGCUGAACGCUGCGGAUGGAUUUUCGAGAAUCUCGUUGAAUCAUCUUGUGACGUGGAUGAAUUGAGAACGCUUGCGAGCUCAGAAGAACACGGUGUCCCGAAUAAAUGUUUAUAUUCAUUUGAGUAUACUUCCUAUAUAUUGCCAACAAUCAACCUUCUAAAAUCAUUCUGGAGAUUGAGAAUUAAAGCUGCAAAAUUCAAAGGCGUAAGGCGACGCAAAAAUGUUGUCGCUAGUAUUAAACGAGUUCGAGUGCUAUCAAGAGAAGAUCUGCUCAGUAUCCAGCUGAAACGAGUUCGAGUGCUAUCAAGAGAAGAUUUGCUUAGUAUCCAGCUGGUGCUAGACAACGCUUUUGUCUCAAUUCAUGCUCCUGAAUGUUGGAAACAUGUGAUAAGAUGCAGCGAAUAUGUGUGGGAGCUCGAAAAAUUCAUCUAUGGGGCACUAUGUUACGAGAAACCUUCUCGCUUCAGCUUUAGGAGGAAAAAACGACAAGAACCACCUCAACAUAAUGAAGAGGUGGGAACAUCAGCUGCUGAUCGUUCAGUGGAUACUGCUAUCAGUAAUGGAGAGUUGGACAAAGACAGCCUGAGUCGAGCAUUAUGCAUAUUAAUAGCUAAAGUAGAUAGAUUCUACUCGACAGUGGGUCACGAACUGAAUCUACGUUCUAUGCGCGAGUUAUGCGUUGCCAUUACGAAUGCCAGUGAAAAUCGAAUUGUCUAUUCUGGCAAAAAGGCUCCUGCGCUUACACCAGCAACGAAUUUGCUAACAAGGAUUUCUGAAAUCCUGGCUCCUUUGGGCAACCGCCCGCUUGUGCAUCAAAUGCUACUUUGGCCAACUGUUUGCGCUCAUUUUGUGCAGGUAGCAUCAUGUCCAGAUGAAUCUCGUAUUGGCGUAACAGCCCUCUCAGAUGUGAUCUCUAAUCUCUUACUCUCCGAAUCUCAAGGACUCUGCUUUAAUCAAAUGCUUAUAGCACCUUUUCAGGCAAUCAUCUGCUCGGAUACGUGUUCGCCAGAAACACGGGAACAAAUAGUGGCGGCUCUCGCUGAUUUUGUGAAAACAAAAUCAGAACGAAUUGGUUCAGAGGAUCAACUUAGUGAAGCCGCUUUACGACUUGUAACUCCCACUUACACAGUGAUUCUGAAUCUUUUCAAAACGCCCCAUAUACCCAAUCCUAACCUUCUCCAUAAGUGAGU